AUGCGUCUCAACAGCUCCGUGCCGCAGGGCGCUCCUGGUGAACCAGGAGCCCAACCCUUCCCCCGACCGCAGUCAGGACUGGAGGCCGUGCUCCUGGCGCUAGGCUUGGGCAAUGGCUCUGGCAACACCUCGGAAUCCGUCCUGGCAGCGCCCAACAGCGACCUGGACGUGAACACUGACAUCUAUUCCAAGGUGCUGGUGACCGCUGUAUACCUGGCGCUCUUUGUGGUGGGCACUGUGGGCAACUCAGUGACAGCCUUCACCCUGGCGCGGAAGAAGUCACUGCAGAGUCUGCAGAGCACUGUGCACUACCACCUGGGCAGCCUGGCGCUGUCCGACCUGCUCAUCCUGCUGCUGGCCAUGCCUGUGGAGCUGUACAACUUCAUCUGGGUGCACCAUCCCUGGGCCUUUGGGGAUGCCGGCUGCCGUGGCUACUAUUUCCUGCGCGAUGCCUGCACCUAUGCCACAGCCCUUAAUGUAGCCAGCCUGAGUGUGGAGCGGUACUUGGCCAUCUGCCAUCCCUUCAAGGCCAAGACCCUCAUGUCCCGUAGCCGCACCAAGAAGUUCAUCAGCGCUAUAUGGCUAGCCUCAGGGCUGCUAGCUGUGCCCAUGCUCUUCACCAUGGGCCUAAAGAACCGCAGUGCUGAUGGCCGGCACCCCGGUGGCCUGGUGUGCACGCCCAUCGUGGACACAGCCACCGUUAAGGUCGUCAUCCAGGUUAACACCUUCAUGUCCUUUGUGUUCCCCAUGCUGGUCAUCUCUGUCCUCAACACUGUGAUUGCCAACAAACUGACCGUCAUGGUGCACCAGGCCAACGAGCAAGGCCGGGUGUGCACCGUGGGCGCCCAGAACAGCUUACAGCACAGCACGUUCAGCAUGUCCGUCGAACCUGGACGUGUCCAGGCUCUACGCCACGGAGUCCUCGUCUUACGUGCCGUGGUCAUUGCCUUUGUGGUCUGCUGGUUGCCUUACCAUGUACGGCGCCUCAUGUUCUGCUAUAUCUCGGAUGAGCAGUGGACUACGUUCCUCUUUGACUUCUACCACUAUUUCUACAUGCUGACCAACGCCCUCUUCUACAUCAGUUCGGCCAUCAACCCCAUCCUCUACAACCUGGUCUCUGCCAACUUCCGCCAGGUCUUCCUGUCCACGCUGGCCUGCCUGUGUCCCGGUUGGCGGCGCCGAAAGAAGAGGCCAACGUUCUCCAGGAAGCCGAACAGCAUGUCCAGCAACCAUGCCUUCUCUACCAGCGCCACGCGGGAGACCAUGUACUAG